AUAUAUAUAUAUAUUGUGGCAAACUUGUGAUACACGACACUGGAGCACAUGACAUGCAUACCAGUGUUAGAAUAUAACAUAUUUACUCAAGUACAGUAUGUAAGCAUGAUUUUAACAUACUGGUACUUUACUUGAGUAUUUCCAAAGCAACUUUAAACUUUUACUAAGUUAGUAUGAUGAGCUUAUAAAACAUAAUGCAUUCAUUAAAAUAAGCUUCACUCGCACCAACACACACAAAUCCAUCAGUCAUUUAUUUAUUUACUCAUUUCGAACAUGCAACAACAUGGUUUUUUUUUAAAAAAGGACAUCAAGAACAAAUAAAAUAUAUAUAAGUAUACCUAUAGCAAACUCUUAAUAUACAAUUUCUCAGAAACAAUAUGAGUAAGCAACAUUAAUACAUAUUACAUGUCCAUAGGUUCAAUACAAAUGUCCACACUGUCAAUCAAAUAUAUCUUAAACAUUUACCUCAUGUUCAUCCUACCAACACUUUAAUAUACAUUGUAGCAGUGUUGACAUGUCAGAGUGCAGCCGUAGCCUAACACACAUGUUAUAGAGAGCAUUGCUGUUGCUGUGUAGGCUUUGGAGAAUAUUGUUGAAACAGUUCAUGCUGUUCUGAAUGCAGUGACUUGGAUAGCAACUAGGAAACACCUUCUUCAUUCUGCCCCUAUAUCUCCUAUCUUCUUCUGACAUUCCUCAUUAAAACCAUUUAAAAACAAAGAUGUAGCAGCACUGUGGAACAAUGUAACGUCACAAUCGUUUACGGUCAAAUAUUUUGAAAUCUUAAAUAAUAGACUAGUAAGUAGAGCCCAACUCUUUCCUCUUUUGAGUCUAUGCUAAAAAAACAACAUGCAGACUCUCAUUUAACACACUUCCCUUUUUUUCAAGAGCUACUUCCUUAUGUUUAACAUUUUCCAACACACUAUGUGUUGUUACAUGAGUAGAGCAUACUUUCCAUUAGCCUGCCUGGAGAGAAACAGACUUGUCCUACAAUCACUGUGGUUGUUGGUAAGGCCUCAUCUGGAGAAUAGAUUUCACUGUCACAAAGUUGUUGUUGUUGUGGCCAUAAAUGUGCUUUGAGUCUGGAUUUACAUACUGAGACAGUGUCUAUUUCCUUGACAAUAACCGGAAGUCUGUUGGAGAUGGAGGAGGCUGCAAACAGCUGUAAUAAAUGACAAGGGGUCCUGAAUUCUCGGAGCAGCGACAGAUGAGCUUAUAAGAGAAAAAAGAAACCAAGACCAAGGCAUCAUGUAAACAGAUCCCUGAGCUGCUGAGAUGGAGGAAGCUUACAGUGAACUGUACCAGCAGUUUCUUAGCCUGCGGUCACUUUGCCUGAGACAGGCCGCUCUGCUUCAUCAACUCACAACAGCUCUGCAGAAACAACAAGGUGCCACUGUUCCUAAUGGAGAGUUGAUUGAUAUGAUGUCCAUCCCUGUCCAGUGUACCCAAGAAAUCCCUCUAUAUCUCCACAAAAGGCCUCGACAACUACCAGCCAAAUUAUGCAACCCUGCAGCACAGUGUGGUGCUGAUUGCCUCUCUAGAAAUGUGGGGACUUUUUCUGAUGGCCUCACUGAAGAUAUGUCUAAACUCUGUGUGGAUGUGCCUCGUCAGAGAAAGGAAGAUGGGACGUUGGAGCAAAUGAUUGCGCCCCUGUUAAGCUUUGACUUCACAAAGUGGCAAGGAGCCUCCUCCAAUGUCGCAAAUAAUCCAGAGCAAGCAGUCCAUCGUAGUGGAGACAGGACAAUGCACACAGUGGUGAUGCCUACAACUGAAGGUCCCUCUUUGCUGAUGUCUGACGUGGUACUGCAGUCUCAUGUUUGUGAGUUUUGCGAGGCGGUUUUCCCCGAAGACACAACCACCAGAGGAGAGUUUCUACGACAUCUGUGCACCCACGUCACUUAGACUAAACAGAUCUGUCUUUUCCUCCUGACAUAUGUGUGUGUGCAUCAAGCGACAACAAAGGUGAAGCCAAUGCAUAAACCUGCAUUCUUUCCACUGGUUGCAAAAUGAAGUCAGAUUGUAUAGAAGUCUAUGAGACAAUUAGCCCACUUCUCACUUGAUUUCUCAGUAAACAUUUUCCUGACGUGUUCAUGGUCUCAAUUGCUAGUUUCAAGUCUUCAAUACAGCAUGAUGUUCAUUUUGUAAAUUGUGGUCGAAUGACUAAAUGAGAGCAAAAUAGAUGAUAAAGCAGCGUAUGCUUCAGGUCGUGGCUACCUUGUGACUGACAGGUUGUUUGACUGUCGCUACUACGUUGUUGUCCUUAUUUCCGUCUUAGAACUUUAACCCACUCAAAGUGUUUUUUCACUUUUUGAAAGUUGAUUGUUACAUUUUGGUCUCCUAAAAAUCCCUUAUUCAGUGUUCGGUCUUUCUUAGCUCAACCCUCUCAUGUCACUUCUGGUUAAAAAAACAAAAGAAGAUAGUGACGGCCAAAAUAUCAAACUUUAGGCUUCAAAACUGUAGUCCACAAACCAAUGGGCUACGUCACGGUAACUACGUCCACUUCUUACAUACAGUGGUGUUCAUAUGAUAUGCUGCGAUGGAUCAGGUAACCUGGUCUCUGGAAGCAGCAUUGACCUGCUCUUGAUAAGAUUAGAGGUUUGCUUAUGGACAAACUGUGCAGAUGCUGCUGUAAUCAUUUUCUGUCUCUGUGAUGGAAAACCUCUAAUGCUUUAACUGUACAAGAAAAUAUUACUACGAGAUUGUAUUUGUAAAGGUUCAGUUCACCCAAAUUACAAAAAAAACCAUGUCUUACUUACAUGUACAGUACUAGUAUCUAGCCAUGGUCCAGGUUUUAACAUAUCCAUCCACGGAUCUUGCUGUAUCAGUUUGUAUUGGGACUGUUUCUGCUGUAGAAAGUAAUGUAAACAUCUGCAUGGCCAGAUACUACUAGAGUACCGUGAGGUAUUGUUCCUAUAUUCUCACUUGCAUCCACUACGCAUGGCCUGAGUGCAUCAAUGACUGUGUUACUCCCCAGUUGCUUUAAUGUAGCCUGUGAUUCCACCAGAAAAAGUUUGAAGAACACAUAGAUCCUGAUGGCUUUCUUGUAACUAAAAUUAUAAUAGUAUACACGGGAGAAUACAUCACUGAAAUAAAUAGGGUAAUUUGUGAUGUUCAGGCAAAAUUGGCAGUACUUUUCUACCUUUCAUCCGAAACGCUAAUGUUAUUGUAGUUCCUGGACAAUUUUUUUUUUUUCGGGCAGCAAAUUAAUUUUGUCUUGAUAUUGUGUGUUAUUGAUUAGUUAAUAAGUAUGGACAGUGAGACACAAUGUUGUGUUUAUGAUCUUAUGACCUUAUGAUCUAGUAAUGGUUAAGAAUUAUAUAUGUUUAAAAACAGAAAUAGCUAUCUUUCCACAUGUUGGAGCAUCUACUGCUGUGCUUCUUACAUCACCCCUGUCUCCCCUUGCUGUUGUUGCUGUAACAAAAUGCUUGAAAUGUGUUCAGGACUCACUAACCAGUGAAUAUUGCACCCUUAUGUAACUGUAACAGUCUUUGCCUUGGUUUUAGAAACACAUUUUAACAUUUUAAUUAUUAUUUUGUUAAUGCCUGUAUGUUAAAAGGGAAAUAUUUUCUAGAUGCAGAAAUAGAUAUUUCUGUAUUAAUGUAAAACAAAUUAAGAUCCUGGGUGUUGGCUGAUCUCUGCAUUUCAGGUCUGCUUUAAUUAUGGCAAGCUUGGAUAAGGUGGAAACAUUUUCUAGAAGCUUUUUGGAAUAUGCUCAGGCAAACAGACUUUGCAGACACUCUUAGUUUUGUGAAAUAUCCUAAUAGAUAUUCCCCACAUUUGCAUGUAGUGGGAAAACUUGAAUGCUCAUCGUGAUGAUCCUAAAACAAAUUCACAGAUUUGAAUGCAGAUAAUAAGCCUUCCUAAUUUCAUUAAUAGACUUCCUGCCGCUUUUUAAAUGUUUGCUGUAUGGCACUAAACUGAUCAGCCGUGUGCUGCUCAGCUCUGUGUUACUGAAGAAAGAGCAUGGGCUAAGAAUAGACUCAAAGAUUUAACUCCCUAAUUAGUGUUGCUGACAGCUGACUGAUGAUGAUGGCUCCCUUCAUCUGCUGCAAGUUCACUGUUGCUGUCACAACAGUAAAGAAAACCAACUUGGAUAUAAUUUAUCUUCUAUAAUCAAAAAUGUAAAUGCAACUUUUUACAAAAACAUCACCUUUGACAUGGAUCAAUGGAUGGAGGAAGUGUAAUUCAAUAACAAGACUCAAGGAGAGUCUACAGUAGGUCUAUAGCCACGCAAAGUGGUAGUUUGAGCUACAGUAGCAUGUUGAAGUUUCGCAGUUAUGAUGUUUAUCAUUUUAGUUUAGCAUGUAAACAUUCACACAAUCGCUAAUUAGCAAUAAACAUAAAGAUAAGAAUGUCAUUUAUGCAAUAAGUGAACAUUUUCUGAAAACUCAGAGUUCACAAGUAUGUAAAUAGUGGAGGUAAUCUUUCAGUUCAUAAUAAGUUAAUACAUAUAAAAUGUACUUUUAUAGAGUUUGCAUUUGUAAUUUUAUAAUAUAUCUGAAGAAAAUAUUGAUAUUCCCAAUGGUCCUCAUCUCCUUCUUUUAAUUAUGACUUUGCAUUUCCUGCAUUACAUUACCCACUUGCUAGUUUGCUAAAUUGUUAGCAAGUCCCAAAGUCAGUGGAUCAGUUGUUGGGCUAUUUCAAUCUGGACCAAUGGACUGAUCAAUAGACACUGCCAUUCCUUGACAAUAGCAAAGCUAACUUAUAACGUUUUAAUAUUGGAACACAUUUUUAUGAUGUUGUGUUACACAUACAGUAACUACAGUGCAAUAAACUAACAUUUGUGGUUGUCUGAU